AACUACUACUCUCUUUGAAACCGUCAGCAACCAAAACCCAAAAGCAGGGGACGAUCAACAAAUCUCCAUCACCCAAUUUUGCAAAGAAACAAAUUAUAACAAAAUAACCAAUCUUUUCUCUUCAUAUUCAUCCUUCCUUCAUGGCUGUCAAACUUCAGCCAUGGCUUCUCUCUGUCUUACUACUUGUCUGCUUCUUCAUUCCUUUCUCUUCUUGCCAAUCCGAUUCUCCUGUUAACAUUGAAACCUUCUACCCAUUUCCGAUCCCAUCUCCAGCACCAUCACCAUCACCAAUUAGUCCAAACAACACCCAGGUCUUUCCUCCUCCACCGCCUCCGGUCACACCACUACCACCGCCGCAGGCGCCACUCCCUGUUGCCAAGCAAGAUUCAACGUCGAACAGAACCAUUGCAAAGGCAGUAGCUGCAACUGCUGCUAGUACUUUUGUUGUUUUUGCUAUGCUCUUCUUUUUGAUUCGUGUUGUAAAACGCCGUGGAGAGACUGGUUCCUGUGGCACUCAGGCUGUGGUUGGUGGUGGUGGUGGUGUUGGUGAUGAGUUUAGACGAUUUGAUGGGAAUGUGAAGGGGUUGAUUGUUGAUGAGAAUGGAUUGGAUGUGCUUUACUGGAAAAAGCUUGAAUUUGAUCAUCAGAGGAACUCCGGUUUCCAGAAAUCAGUAUUUCAUGCUCCAGAACACGGCGUCGAAAAAGAAGAAAAAGAAAUCAUUCAUGGAGGAAAUCGACGAAUACAAGAAAUCCCUUUAAUUCACGGAAGAUCGUCUACUUCUUACAAUAAGAUUGCACCAGAGGUGGAUGAUCGGUUCCGAGUUACAGCUGCACCAACAGAGAUUGCGAUCCAGGUCAUCGUGAAACCUCCUUCACCACCUCCUCCUCCGCCGCCGCCAGUUCCAUCCAAACCAAUGCCACCUCCUCCGCCACCAGUUGCAUCCAAAUCAACGAUGUCAGUUUCAAAGAAUCAAACUCCUUCGCCAGCGCCGCCUCCUCCUCCACCACCUGUUCCUGCAAAGAAAAAUCCAGCACCGCCACCGCCUCCACCCAGGGCUAUUUCCUCCAAACCACCUCCGGUGCGUAGAGCAUUGCAAAGUGAGAGUAAAGUAAGAGAGUCUUCAAGCAUGGCAGGAAGUGGUAAUGACCAAGUGAAAUUGAAGCCCUUGCAUUGGGAUAAACUGAAGCCUAAUGGUGAUCAUUCAAUGGUCUGGGACAAAAUUGAUAAUGGUUCUUUCAGGUUUGAUGGAGACCUAAUGGAAGCACUAUUUGGAUAUGUUGCUACCAGUAAAAAAACGCCUGAAGGAGGAGGAGACAACAGUUCAAAAAAACCAACUAUUCCUUCACAAAUUGUUAUACUUGAUCCGCGGAAAUCGCAGAACACUGCGAUUAUAAUCAAAUCUCUGUCCAUCUCUCGCAGAGAAAUUCUUGAUGCACUCAAUGAAGGUCAUGGUUUAGAAUUGGAAACUCUUGAAAAGCUCACAAGAAUUGCUCCAACUGACGAAGAACAAUCCCAGAUUCUUGAGUUCAAUGGAGACAUUGCAAGACUUGCUGAUGCUGAAUGCUUCCUCUACCAUCUCCUCAAAGCUGUUCCAUCAGCUUUUACUCGAUUCAAUGCCAUGAUUUUCAGAUCAAAUUACGGGUCGGAAAUUUCACAACUCAAGGAAUCUCUGCAAACACUUGAAGCAGCCUGCAAAGAGCUUCGAAGUCAAAGACUCUUUAUGAAAUUACUCGAAGCAAUUCUCAAAGCUGGAAAUCGAAUGAAUGCAGGUACUGCCAGAGGGAAUGCUCAAGCAUUCAAACUCACUUCUCUUCAGAAGCUAUCUGAUGUUAAAAGCACUGAUGGGAAGACUACUUUACUCCACUUCGUUGUAGAACAAGUAGUACGAUCGGAAGGAAAACGUUGUGUUCUCAAUAAGAAUCGCAGCUUGAGUCGCAGCAGCAGCAGCAGCCAGAGCAGCUAUGGCAGCAUAAUUAGUGAGACGAACUCAGCAUCCAAAGACGAACGCGAGAAGGAAUAUACGAUGCUAGGAUUACCAAUUGUUGGAGGACUAAGCUCCGAAUUCUCUAAUGUAAAGAAAGCAGCUGCAAUGGACUACGACACCUUAGCAGUCACUUGCUCCGCUCUCACAUCCCGUGUUGCAGAAGUUAAGCAGCUUGUGACUCAAUGUGAUGGAGGAUUUGUGAGGGAGAUGAAAGGCUUUCUUGAAGCAGCAGAAGAGGAAUUACAGGUGGUGAGAGAAGAGCAAAUGAAGGUAAUGAAGCAUGUACAAAGAACAACAGAAUAUUAUCAAGCAAGUGCUUCAAAGGAUCAACAGGCACAUCCACUACAACUAUUUGGUAUAAUUAAGGAUUUCUUGAGUAUGGUUGAUCAGGUCUGUGUCGAAAUUGCUCGAAAACUGCAACGGAGGAAGACAACAAUGCCAGGAUCCGGAUCAUCAUCGCCCAAGUCACCCCCACCAAGGACGCCAACAAGAUUCCCCAACUUGCCAGCACAUUUCAUGAAAUCUAGAAGCAGUUCUAGUGAUUCAGACUCUGAUACCUAAAACAUGUAUACUGCACAAUAGGAUAUCGAUUCAUGUACAUAAAAAUGAAUGAAUUUUUGCCUGAAUGUUUGUUAAAUUCUUGCAUCAUUGGACAUACUUGACUGAUAAGUUAACAUUAUAUGUCCUUAGCAGUUACAAUGCUGACAUUAAUUGGUUGUCAUAUGAAUAUAAAGCUCAUCCUUCAUGAUGAAUGUU